AAAGAACAGUAUUAUUGUAUCGAAUUGGACUAAGCCUUCCUAUUUGUGCACUAGCUGUCAAAUGGGGAAGAGUUAAGAUGGUUGCAAAUCAGUUUCAUAAAAGCAUCAAAAUAUUCCAAUGUGAUGGUGGAGGAGAAUUCUCUAGUAGUGCUUUCAUUAAACACUUAGAAGACUAUGGCAUCAAGCAACAAGUAUCUUGUCCUGGUACUCCAGAACAGAAUGGUGUUGCAGAAAGAAAGCAUAGACACAUCGUCGAGACAGAGGAUUCCAGGUCUUCUCAAUCAUUCGAAGGAUCUAAUUCAAAAGACUCAUCAUCCGCCCAAGAAGAAUCUGGAUCUCCUCAACUGUCGGAAGUCUCUGACUCAGCUCCCUUAGAAGCAACAGAUGGACAUCAGCACCUUGAGGAACCUAUUGUUUCUAGCCCAAGCUUAGCACGUAGUGGAACAUCUCCACCACCUCAUAAUGCUUCCUCGGUUUCCCAUCAUCCUAUGCUGACUAGAACCCGAACUGGAACUCAUACAGGACAUGUGAAGACCAAUUUUUCUAGACAUGCUCAUACUAUGACCACUAAUAAGUUUUCUUUGCACAUUGCAGGGCCUGACAUUCAUGAACCGAAAUCUGUCAAAACAGCACUAAAAAGCUCACAUUGGGUCAAGGCUAUGCAAGAAGAACUAGUUGCCCUGCAAAAGAAUGCAACAUGGACACUGGUUCCACUACCUUCACCAUCUAUCAAUGUUGUAGGCUCCAGAUGGGUAUUCAAAACUAAGCUUCAUUCUGAUGGCAGUUUGGACAGAUUCAAGGCACGCUUAGUCGCUAAGGGAUUCUCUCAGAUACCAGGAGUAGACUUUGAUGAGACUUUUAGCCCUGUCCUUAAACCGACAACACUACGCUUAGUUAUAGCACUAGCCACCACUCUUAAGUGGCCUCUUCGACAACUAGAUGUGAAGAAUGCCUUCCUUCAUGGACAACUUAAAGAAACAGUAUAUAUGACUCAACCACCAGGCUUUGAAGAUCCAAGUUAUCCUAACUAUGUCUGCAAGCUCAAUAAAUCCAUCUAUGGGCUCAAACAGGCUCCGAGAGCAUGGUUUGAUACUUUCACCUUACAUCUUUUGAAAAUGGGUUUUAAGUGCAGCCAAGCAGACUCCUCUCUUUUUGUACUUCAUACCAACCACGGCACUGCUUUACUUCUCCUUUAUGUUGAUGACAUUGGCCAUAAUUGGAUAAUUUCCAAAGUCCUUUUACAAGGACUAAGUCAGCAGCUCAAAGUACCACUGUCGAGCAAACUGGAUAGGUACCAUACAAGAGCAAGGCUUUUGGUCUUGGCAUUUGCACGUCUAAGCAAAGGGUAUGCACAAGACUCAGGUGCUCUUGUUCCAGCCAUCAUAACCUUCGACUUCAUCAAUCACAAAACUACGGGGAGGCUUUGCAAUGGGAACUUAGCCACUGAUAUUACUGCUGAAAAUCUGGGAUUCAACACUUAUGCCCCAGCAUAUCUAAGCCUGGAAGCAUCAGGGGAAAAUCUUCUAAUUGGGGCCAAUUUUGCUUCAGCUGCAUCUGGUUAUGAUGACAAAGCUGCCAUCAUAAAUGAUUUUAAAAAACCUAAUUGAAAUAGAAGUAAGAUUUGAAACAGAAAUAAGAAAUUGAAUUUUGGAUGCUGAUCGCGUGGUGCUGACACUUCGGAUUACGUGUUGACACAAAAUAGGAAACAGAAUCUGAUUCUGGACGUUUAACGCAUGGUGUCGACACCCCGGCUACGUGUC